AAAACAAAGUAUUGUGUGUGUGUUGUUCCCCUGUGCCGUUUAUUUAUGCAAUAUGGUUUCCUCGCAGAGCAUUUCGUAUCAAUGAGCUGAAGACGGAGGUCACCAAUAGGCUUGCCAUGCUGGAGAAGAGAGUGGAACUGGAGGGCUUGAAGGUGGUGGAGAUUGAGAAGUGUAAAAAUGAUCUGAGGAAGCUUCGGGAUGAGAUGACAUCCAGGAGUGGCGGCAGGAUAAACUGCCCGUGUAAAUACAAUUUCGACGACGGGAAGAAGGUCACUCCGAGACGAGAUGUUCCCAAUUAUCCAAAGUAUACACUGUCUCAGGAGACUGUCGAGGCACUGAAGAAGCCAACGUUUGACGUCUGGCACUGGGAGCACAACGAGAUGCUGAGCUGUUUGGAGUAUAUGUACCAUGACUUGGGUCUCGUGAAAGAAUUCAACAUGAACCCAAUCACACUCAAACGCUGGCUGUUGGCCAUCCAGGAGAACUACCGCAACAACCCCUUCCACAACUUCCGUCAUUGCUUCUGCGUGAGUCAGAUGAUGUACGGCAUGAUCCACCUCUGCAACCUGCAGGAGAAGCUGACUCUCACUGAUAUGGGCAUUCUAAUGACAGCUGCGGUGUGUCACGACCUGGACCACCCUGGAUACAACAACACGUAUCAAAUCAACGCUCGUACGGAGCUAGCGGUGCGCUACAACGACAUCUCACCGCUGGAGAAUCAUCACUGCGCGGUGGCUUUCCAAAUUCUUUCCCUUCCCGAGUGCAACAUCUUUGCAAAUGUGGAUCCCGAAGCAUUUAAACAGAUUCGACAGGCUAUAAUCACCCUCAUCCUGGCCACUGACAUGGCCAGACAUGGCGAGAUACUGGACUCAUUCAAGCAGAAAGUGGACAGCUUUGACUUUACCAAUGAGGAGCAUGUGACAUGUCUCAAGAUGGUAUUGAUCAAAUGCUGUGACAUCUCCAAUGAAGUGCGACCGACCGAGGUGGCCGAACCGUGGGUGGACUGUCUUUUGGAGGAGUACUUCAUGCAGAGUGACCGGGAGAAGUCGGAGGGCCUCCCGGUGGCCCCCUUCAUGGACAGAGACAAAGUCACCAAGCCCACCGCUCAAAUCGGCUUCAUCAAGUUUGUGCUCAUCCCAAUGUUUGAAACAGUCAUGAAGCUUUUCCCUCAAAUUGAGGAGAUCAUGGUUCAACCCCUGAGGGACUCCCGGGACCACUACGAGGAGCUGAAACAAAUUGACGAUGCCAUGACAGAGGGGUCCUCUUUUGUGUUCAAAUUCAGUAAAGACUUUAAGAAGAGCGAGUCUGGUUGAAGACGUUGCGUUUCUGCGUUCUGGCCAUCAACAAACGUCGCGGCGGGAGACAACAAAGAGACGACACAGCAACAUACUCAACUAAAGUUAGGCACAGAGGGAGCAUCCAAUCUUGAACUUUGACUUAGACUUUUUUGCACUGCGUGUAACAGAGAGGCACCCCCGUGUGACCUUUGUCUGUUUCUUUGUGGAGUUAACGUUGGCUAACUCUGUUUGUUUGUGUUUGUUGACAGCAGUCCAAACACUCCGAAGAACAGAUUUUCUAAAACCACAUAAACAGAAAAAACGAUUUUGAUGAUUGCCAAGAACUCAUAUUUUAGUUGUUUUCAUUGUUCUACUCAUUCUACAUUUCUCCACUGAUUUUAACCAUUGCCCUCAUUUAAAAUGUUAUAUGUUUGUUCAAGGCCAUCGUGGGAAGUCCCAUUUGUCAAAUUCCAAAAUUUUCAAAAUUCAAUCCCCAACAGAUGUCAUGUUAUUCCCUCUUUCUUCCACAUUUUAACCAAUUCAAACCAUUCCAAUCCAUUCUUCAACUCAUUUACGGUAAAUUUUGUUACUCCCCUUCUCAUCUGGAUUAUCCGUGAAACUAUUCCCAUUGCCCAAAUAAGAAUUUAAAAUCCCACAUUGAGAAAUUAAAUAUCAUUUCCUCCUUUCUUAACAAAUUCAGACAGUCCCAAAAUAUUAUACACACCUCUGGAACUAUUUGCAUUACCAAAAAUUCCCCAAUGUUUUAGAUCUUAGAAAAAAAUAAUCCCAGAUUAACACAUAUUCUCAAUCCAGUCUCAUCAUUUCAGCAUUCACAUUCAAUAAAUUGGCUUUUCCAUUCACAAUAAAUAUGUAAUUUACAUAAAAACACUUGUGUUUACAAAUACAAAAAACUGCAUGAUAAAAAAAAGUACGAGGAACCGAGUGUGCCAUUUUAACAACCUAAAAUAUAUUAGGCUUGAUUACCAAGAACCCCCGAUUUUUGGAACUGGGUAAUGUGAUCACCCAAAACUUUUUAGUCGACAGUGACUUUUCCAUUUCAAAUGAAGUUUUAAAAAAACAAUAAAAAUAACAGCACAAAUGAUCUUAACUUCAAAUUUGUGGCAAGGUCAUUCAUUAGAUAACUCAUCAUAAAAACUUUCAAUUGAUAACAAAAAUAUAUUCCCUAGCAUUAGCAAUGAGUGCGUUGAUGUGAUAUUGUCCCCCUCCCACACUUGUUUCAUUAUUGCUGAGGUCAAAGUACAGAAGCCAUAACAGAUACCAACAUAACAAGGGUAUUCAAAUAUAUUUGUUUGUAUUACUGUACUUCUAAUUGUACAGAAAUAAACAGUAUACCAUUAUGUCCGGAAGUAUUUGGACAAUGACAGCAUUUUUAUGAUGUUUAUUUUAUACACCACAAUGGAUUUAAAAUCAAAUAAAAAAAUCAACGUGUAUGUGCUAAGCUAAUUUUUAGUUCCUCCGUGUCAUUGAACACAAGACGCUUGAGUUGCUGUAAAUGAAAAUAUCUUGAACUUCAAACUCUACAACUGUGAAAUAGAAAUAUCAAGCGUUCUAAAUGAAACCCAAACAUGUUGACGUAUAAAGGCAAAGUAUUUUCCAUCCAUCCACUAUCCGAACACACAACAAAAUCUGUCAUUAUCAAAAUACUUCUCUUCCCUGUUCUUGAAUGUGAUUGCAAUCAAACAUAUCUUCAAAGCAAUAAAAAAGGCAAAUUUAGUGGCACUUCAGAACUGAAUACUUCAUCACUAGGCUGUUUCAGUUGAGCUGACAUGAAUUGUUGCAAUUCUAACCAAAGUACAUUUUAUCAUCAGAUUUCACACACUAAAUGGAGCUCGUGAUAUGGCUGCAAGGGUGCCAUUUAUCAUCUGUCGCUCUCUCUCUCUCUCUCUCUCUCUCUCUCUCUCUCUCUCUCUCUCUCUCUCUCUCUCUCUCUCUCUCUCUCUCUCUCUCUCUCUCUCUCUCACCUGGCGUGGCAUACAAAACACAAAAUAACUCACCAAAGAACACUUACUGUAUCGUAGAUGCAUUUCUGAUCAAUUUCACUUUGGUAUGUAGCUUUAUUUGAUUGGUCUCACACACACUAGUAUAAUUGUUCCCACUUCUGCAAUCUCGCAUAUGAUCUCAAAGCAAUAAAAGAACAUCAGCCCUCCAGCACAUGAUUGCAUUUGAGAUGAAAUAAAAUGUGUCUUUUAUUUGUGCAUGUGCCCUUUUUGUUUGCCGGCUUCAGGAAUGUUCUCAUUCAAUUUAACACACCAAGCAUGGCCAGUGAUUGAAACAAUGUCAUAAAUAAAAGAGA